UCGAAUUAAGAUACACGAAAAACGCCGGCCUUCGCAAUGGGCCGUCGGUCGAUAAACACCACGAAGAGUGGUAAGUAUAUGAACCCGACGGAUCAGGCCCGCAAGGAGGCACGCAAGAAGGAGCUGAAAAAGAACAAAAAGCAGCGCCAAAUGGUGCGGGCCGCGGUGCUAAAAGGCAAAGACCCGGCCCAGUUGAUCGAAGAGAUGGAAAAAAUCGACGAAAUGGAGUUCAACGUUUAUCAGCCGUCGCCACUGAAUGAGAAGGUGCUGAAGGAGAAGCGGAAGAAGCUGAAGGAAACCCUAGACCGGGUUAUGCGCCUUUACCAGGCGGACGAUCCGGAACUGUGGGCCGAUUUGAAGCGCAAGGAGGUGGACUACGAGAAGCGCCGCAACAAGCGCAUUCAGUACUACGAAAGCGUGCGGCACGCAGAACAGGUUCAAGUGGACGAUAUUCCUUUACCGUCGGCCACGGAAAUACCGACGCCUCUGUCGAUCCCGAGAAUACCAAUGCCCCCAAGCCUGCCGAAUGUGUUACCGCCCAUUAAAAGCCUGCCGCCUCCGGUGCUGCUGAAGAAACCGGUUGAAAACCCGAUCGAACCAUCCGAACCGGUCGAUGAUGAUGACGAUAUUCCAGGCUGUCCACCCGGACCUCCGCCCGAUCUGUUUAACAUGCCCGAGUUGGACUAUGACCUCGAUCGGUUCCACGCAGAGAUGCAGAAGAGUGUAAAGUUCUACGACGAUGGCGACGGCUCAAGAGACAAUACGGACGACUCGGGUGAUGGUGGUGAACGCCCAUCUAGUAAACAACCGAACACGGUCCAGCAAAAGAUGUUGGCCCUGUCCGGCCAGAACAUUGACGAUUUCAUGAAGGAGAUGGAAAGUGUGCAGAAGAAAAAGGAGCAACUUCUGGAUGGGGCCCCAUCGCUUGCAUCGAUUCCGCCUCCGACAGUUGCGCCACCGCUUCCGAAUCCGGCACCGGAUGCUGCGAUGAAAUACCUUCCGAUGCCCUCGUCCAUCCCGAUGCCAGGUCCCAUGCAGCCGCCGCUCAUGAUAAGGCCUCCUCCGUUACGACCUGGCCUGCCCGGUAUUCCGGCACUUCGAAUGCCGGGACGGCCCGGCAUACCGGGAGGUCCACCACCCGGUCUUCCGCCGCGCAUGGGCGGCAUUCGAAUGCCACCGGGUCCUCCGGCUGGACCACCACCAAAGCACAUCCAACAGCAGCGCAACAUGCAGCUCCACCAGCAGCAACUGCAACUCCAGAAGGACCCCAAGAGUGCCACCAUUUCGGCGAAACCACAGAUUCGCAAUCUCAGUGCGGACGUGACGCGGUUCGUGCCGAGUGCGUUGCGUACAAAGAAGGACGAAGUUCGAAAAGCGAAACCUCCUACGCGACCGGCCCACGAUCACCACGAUCCGCGCUCGGUGGCGGCGGAUGCUGCGAAACCAACCAAGGACGAUGCGUACAAACAGUUCAUGCAAGAAUUGGAAGACUUGCUGUAAAAGUGUCGAUCAAGCUGGUUUAGUGAGCGUGUGCUGUAUGCCUUCGUCAGGCAUGAUAAACGAUAAGUUACACUUUAAUAUAGU